GGAUGGACACACCGACACAGAUAUGGACACACACACACCCUCCCCCCCACCCCACCCCCCGCGCACGGCACCCCGAGUGUCCACAAGUUUAGGCCGCCUCAGCCCAGGGCUCAGAGGCCGGGGGAUGGGAGUGUGGGGAGUGUGGUGUGUGUACAGAGAAAAUAGAUUUUAAAAAGAAAGAGUGACGGGAACAGAAGGGAGAGAGAAAGGAACAGUGAGAAAGGGAAAGACGAGAAAGAAGAGUUCCGUAGUCCAGGAGCGUGAAAGAGCCCGAAGGAGCGGAAGCGAUCCUGGGGGGAAGAGGAGCGCAGAAAGGGGAGGAGAGAGGAAGGGCGAGGAGGGGGAGUGAAAACUAGAGGAGGGCGAAGGAAGCGAGGCGCGACACUGCUCGGGGAGAGGAGGGCAGCGAGGAGCCAGGCGCGGGCAGAGGCAGCUCCGGCGGCCGAGAGGAGGGAGCGCGGCGCAGAGAGGAGGGGCUUGCCGGCCCGUAGAAAUGUCAAUCAGAUUCCGGAGCCCCGGGAAUCUCCGCCAAUCUGUUCGGACCUGACCUGGCUCCUCGCCGCCGCCGCCGCCGCCGCCGCCCCGGAGCAGAUCAAUAGGCGAACGCGGAGCGCAGCGCAGCGCAGCGCGGAAGGCAGCGCGGCCGCAGCCGGGCCCAGCCCCCGAUGCGCCCCGGAGCCCGCGGGCGGCGCUGAGCUGGGCGGCCCCGGGGGGCCGGGCCCCCUCUCCGUCCGUGCCCCGCGGGCCACCAUGUCCUUCCCCCAGCUCGGAUACCAGUACAUCCGCCCGCUCUACCCACCCGAGCGCCCGGGGGCCGCCGCCGGCGGUGGCAGCGCUGGGGCCCGGGGCGGCCCGGGAGCCGGCGCCUCGGAGCUGGCUGCCUCAGGGUCCCUGUCCAACGUGCUCUCGUCCGUGUACGGGGCGCCCUACGCCGCGGCGGCAGCCGCAGCCGCAGCCGCCCAAGGCUACGGCGCCUUCCUGCCCUACGCCGCCGAGCUGCCCAUCUUCCCCCAGCUGGGCACGCAGUAUGAGCUGAAGGACAGUCCCGGGGUGCAGCAUACGGCCGCGGCCACCGCGUUUCCGCACCCGCACCCCGCCUUCUACCCGUAUGGCCAGUAUCAGUUCGGGGACCCAUCCCGUCCCAAGAACGCCACCCGAGAAAGCACUAGCACGCUCAAGGCCUGGCUCAACGAGCACCGCAAGAACCCCUACCCCACCAAGGGCGAGAAGAUCAUGCUGGCCAUCAUCACCAAGAUGACCCUCACCCAGGUGUCCACCUGGUUCGCCAACGCGCGCCGGCGCCUCAAGAAGGAGAACAAGAUGACCUGGGCGCCCCGUAGCCGCACCGACGAGGAGGGCAACGCUUACGGGAGCGAGCGCGAGGAGGAAGAUGAGGAGGAGGAUGAAGACGACGGCAAACGCGAACUGGAGCUGGAGGAGGAGGAGCUCGGGGGGGAGGAGGAGGACCCCGGGGGCGAGGGCCUGGCGGACGACGAGGAGGACGAGGAGAUCGAUUUGGAGAACUUAGACGGCGCGGCCGCGGGGCCCGAGCUGGCCCUGACCGGGGCGUCGCACAGGGACGGCGACCUCGGCCUGGAACCCAUCUCAGACUCCAAGAAUAGCGACUCGGACGACAGCUCCGAGGGCUUGGAGGAGCGUCCGCUGCCCGUCCUGAGUCUGGCCCCAGUGCCACCGCCCGUGGCCACGGCCCCGCCAUCUCCGCCCUCGCCCCCAACGGGCCUGGACCCCUGCGCUCCUGCACCGGCGCCCGCCUCGGCCCUGCAGAAACCCAAGAUCUGGUCCCUGGCCGAGACGGCCACAAGCCCGGACAACCCACGCCGCUCGCCUCAGGGCGCGGGGGUCUCUCCCCCGGGGGCAGCGGUCGCGCCCUCGGCCCUGCAGCUCUCUCCGGCCGCCGCCGCCGCCGCGGCUCACAGACUCGUCUCGGCGCCGCUGGGCAAGUUCCCCGCUUGGACCAACCGGCCGUUCCCAGGCCCGCCGCCUGGCCCACGUCCGCACCCGCUGUCCCUGCUGGGCUCGGGCCCGCCACACCUGCUGGGACUUCCCGGAGCCGCGGGCCACCCGGCCGCCGCCGCUGCCUUCGCUCGGCCGGCGGAGCCCGAGGGUGGAACAGGUGACUGCGGCGCGCAGGAUUCGGAGGGAGGGGAUCGCUGUAGUGCCUUGGAAGUGGAGAAAAAGUUACUCAAGACAGCUUUCCAGCCGGUGCCCAGGCGUCCCAGUCCAGACACCGGGGCUCCAGUGAAGCCCACCUCCUACCAGCCUCAGACCUCGGGUCCUGACGCCUCCCGCCCAACCUUAUAGUUAAACUGAAAGACCAGCGUCCACAGCUGGACCUCAUUUCACAGUGAGAUCUGCGUCCCUCAUUGCCCCCCGGCCUCCACCCUGGGUUGGGUCUCCCAGUCCUAGGGUGCGUCGGUCCCCCCUAAAAAUCUCUUUCUUUACUACCAUCGCCUCUCUCUUGCAGGCCCCAGAACCACCUGGAUGCCGCUCUGGUCUUAUCGGCUCUCUCCUCAUCCUAGUUUUUUUUUAAAGAAAUUUUUAAAUCGUUGUAAUAAUUGUAAAAAAAAAAAUCGCUCUGUAUAGUUAUGACUUGUAAGCAUGUCGGUGUAUGAAUACCUAAAAAGAAAACUAAAGAAAAAAAAAGGAAUAAAACAAAUCCCCCCCUCUCAGUCUACCCCCCAGUGGCUUCUGUUCCCCACAUUAGCUGAGUUUGUGAGGUUUGUUUGUUCGGUUGGUUUUGGGGGGUGGAGUUUCAGUGAGAAUAAGCGCGUCUGACUUUUUUUUUUUUUUUUUUGUAUAUACAGAAAAAAAUGUACAUAUGUGUGAACCAAAUUGUACAAGAAAGUAUCUAUUUUUGGCUAAAUAAAUGAGCUGUUGCCACUUUGACUAUA